AUGGCGAGGGUCCCUUCAUUAUUUCUACUCUUUUUCUUCUUUCUUACAUCAUAUGGGGUUUCUCGACCUCGGAGAGGAUUAGCUCCUUCGUUGGUCCUGGAUCGCCUGUACUCCCUUCGUGAAAGCGUUGAAAAGCUGCAGCAGAUGAACGAGAAGGUACGAUGCCGAAUUAAAGAGUUGCGUGGCACUCGCUGGAAGCGUUUCGUUGGCCCAGCACAACGACUGAACGACUUAAUAGCACCGCUGUCCCUGACGUAUCCUGUUGUUCAGCCAGAUUGCUAA